AUGAGCACGACAGUGAAGCCUGCCUUCACAUUGACAGUCCCUCAAGUUACUAACGACUUCAACGGCAUACCUCCGCUGCUCACUGUGUUCACUCCUCUGAGCUACUGCAGCACUCAAUAUUACUACGAUGCCCAUGUUUCGGGUACUGUCUGGGUCGACAAGGCCCACGACCCGGGUAUCUCUUCAUGUCGCCCGUUCCAGAACGUUCUCUAUAUAUACAAGCCUGGAGUUUGUCCCAGUGGACAGGAGUUCAAGCUAGUGAACGCGAUCGUUGAAGAGACGACGGCGACGAGUUCUCAAACCAUUUACGAGGGGUUUUGUUGCAGCUCCGAUUUUCGCAUCUACUCGGACAUUAGAGCUGCGGGUUCUCCCAGUUGCAUCGCCGAUCUUACUGCGCCGGUCACCGCGACCAUUGCAGGCACAGAUGAGGACUCAACGACCGUGCUGAUUAGGUCUCCGUCACAGCGGUAG